AUGAUAUGUUUUGUUCUUGUAAUAAUAUAAAUAUAUAAGUUUUAAGUAUAGUAUGAAAAGAUCUGUAAAGUAACUGUAUAUAAAAUAUAUUAAGACAUUUACAUUAAAUCAAAUACAUGAUAUACUAUAUAAUAUACUGUAAAUAAUGGUUAAAAUUAUUUUUCUCAAAAUAUUGUAUAUAUUUAUUGAAAUAAUUUGAUAGAAUGUAAAGAAUAAAUUAAAUUGUCGAUUAUAAAAAUAUUAUAUAUUUAUUAUAAUUAAAAAUAUGUAUACAAUUACAACUUUUAAUGUAAUUUUUUUAUGUUAAAUAUAUUAAAUUUAUUCUUUUAAACAGUCUGCUUCAUUGUCUUACUAUGUUUUUCUUUUAUUAAUAACUUUAAUUAUUUUGUUGCAUCUUUUCUAAUUUGUUUCCUGUGAUAAUAAUCAGAAUUUAUAAAAUUAUUUAAAAGUAGAGAAUCAAAAACCAAAAUUAAAAUCAUGUUACUUUAUACCUACUUCCCGAAAUUUUCACCAUCUUCAAUAGUUUCUGGUAAUUCACAGUUCAUUGUUUCUGGCAGUAGAAAACAUAAUAAAGCACCAAAUAAUGGUCCAACUCCAAAUAUUAAUGGUGGUAACCAAGUUGGAAAUACUUCACUGCUGUACAAGUAUAUUGUUGGAAAACUAAGUGACAUUCCUGCAAGACCUAAUGUAGCUAAAAAUACUGUGAAAUUUGAAUUUGAUAUCACAGUUAGUAAUAGUAAACUUGCAGCAGAUAAAAGAUUUCCACUUAUUAAAAUUCUUAAACGUGAUACCCGUGAUAUUAAAAGCAAAACUACCAUAGUUCCAGGUAGUUCAGCAGCAGCUGAAAAUAGUAGAUCAAAUUUUAGAUAUGUAUUCUUGUUAAAUAAAAAUAGGUAUUAUAUAAACUUACCAGAUACAGCAACAUUCACAAAAAUGUUACCAUCAAUAUAA